AUGCAGCGUACCGGUGUUAAUCAAAAGCGUAAGCGCAAUGUUUUAACUAUUGAACAAAAAAUGGAAAUUUUGAAACGAUUUGAAAAGAACACAAGUGUUGCUGUGUUGGCUACAACAUAUAACAUUGGAAAACAAACGGUUCGUGACAUUAUAAAGAAGAAAGCCGAAUUACAGAGCUUUGUAGCAAAAGCUGAUAGUGCAAAAGCUAUUUCGGACAGGAAAUCUCUAAAAGGGUCUACAUUCCGAGAGCUUGACGACGCUAUGACCAGGUGGUUCUUGCAGAAAAGAUCAGAAGGUGUUCCAAUAUCAGGACAUAUGUGUGCUAGGCAAGCUGAAAUGUUCCACAAGGAGUUGAAAAUUGAAGGAAACUUCUCAGCAUCCUCUGGUUGGCUAUACAGGUUUAAAAAACGUCAUGGAAUACGAGAAUUAGCUGUUCAAGGGGAAAAAUUAAGUGCAGAUAAUGUCGCCAUGGUUGAAUUUUGCUAUGAUUUGGAAAAUCUUAUAAAGGAGCACGACUUGAGACCUGAGCAAGUCUAUAAUGGAGAUGAAACUGGACUUUAUUGGAAAGCAAUGCCGCGACGAACACUUGCUGCAGGCUCAGAAAGUAGCGCACCAGGUUUCAAAGUAAGCAAAGACCGUGUAACAGUUUUAUGCUGUGCAAAUGCAUCAGGAACUCAUAAGCUUAAGUUAGCAGUCAUCGGAAAAUCCAAAAAUCCAAGGGCUUUUAAAAAUGUAAAAACAUUGCCUGUUGAUUAUUAUAAUCAAAAGGCAGCUUGGAUGGAUAGAGUAAUUUUUAAAAAGUGGUUUUUCGAAAAAUUUAUACCUCAAGUUGGAGAUUAUUUGCAAGAAAAUAAUCUUCCUCCCAAGGCUGUACUGUUACUGGAUAAUGCACCAUCGCAUCCUGAUGUUGAACAACUGAAGUCAGCAGAUGGGAACAUAUUUGCAGCAUAUUUUCCUCCGAAUGUAACAUCUAUUGCCCAGCCAAUGGACCAAGGCGUUAUAGAGACAAUGAAAAGGCUUUAUAGAAAAGAUCUUAUGCUUCAAAUGUUGGGAGAAUGUGACUUUAUGGAGUUUUGGAAACUAACUUAA